GCACUUAUCUCCCUUAUUCUUAGAUCGCGUGAGUUCCAACUAAAUGACUCCGCUCCUUACUACUUAAACUCGUUAGAGCGGAUCGCACAACCUAAUUACAUUCCUACCCAGGAUGACGUGCUUCGAACUCGAGUCAAAACCACUGGAAUUGUUGAAACGCAUUUCACC